UUUUGGUUAACCACACAAUCAAAAUCUUAAACAAGAAGAAUCUUAUAAGUUUUAGUUUGUUGGAGAGUGAAACCAAAAAAAAGAAAUAUGUGUUACAAAAUCCUUCUACCUCAUGUUAUACAUCCGGAGAGCUUCCAAGAAAAUACCCCGGUGAUGGCAGAAGUGACGGUGGUGACAGAGGUGGAAGUGGAAGCCACCGUGGGUAAUCGUAACGGUGGCGGUGGUGGAAAGAAGAAGUGUGUAUGUUCACCGUCGAAGCAUCCAAGAUCGUUCAAGUGUAGGUAUCAUCAACAUGAAUAUCAAUGGAUUCCUUUGUCAUCUUCUUCUUCUUCCACUCUCCACAAAUAACACAUAUCAAUCAAUUCAUCAUGUUAUUGUAAUCAAUAUAAAAAUUAUAGUUUAUAUUUUAUUACUACGUACGUACUCAUGUUUAUUUUAUUUGUUUAGUAUUUCAAUCAAAGUAGAAAUUGUAUU